ACGGCUAUCUCACUCCCACUCCAUGGGAAGAAGUGAAGGGAGCACUUUAUUUCUGUGUGGAACGGGGCCUAUGUGUGGAUUGGGGCGUUUGGUACGAUGAGAAGCGGAUUAUUCCAACACUAUUGGCCAUCAGUCGUUAAGCAUACCGUACGUUCGGUCGAGACAGGGGAAUGAAUAAAAUUCCGACUUUAAUCAAGAAGAGCAGUGGAUCCCACCCCACAGCCAGACCAAAUCUGUUCUGCGUUCUUCAGAGGUUUUAAGCCCCGUGUCUUAAGGCAAAGGUGAUGGAGAGCAUGGAUUACGCAGAGGUCGGGCAGACAUCAUGUGAAGACAUAGGGGAAAGAUUAGUGAGGAAGACUGGGUAUGGUAUGAGUAGAGAGGAGAAACUCCUGCUUUCCAAAAUCAAGGAAGAAGAGAAGCAGGAUGAGGAAAGUGAAAAAUGUUGGGAAAUUGGGAGUGCAGAAAUAAAGACUGAAGUUGGUGUGAAAGAUGAAGUGCUACAAGUCUAUGUGAAAAAAGAAAAUGAGAGUGAUGAAGAGAGUGAGGGAGUUGAAACUGAGGACACUACUCUAGCGGAGAGAGGAAUGAAGAACAAACUCAUCCAUUCAUCUGCAGAAACUUCAAUUCAACCCUUUGUCACAACCCCCCGGAAUCAUAACAAAGGGCUAACUGAUGAGGUGCCAUCUCAGGUCUUUGCCUGCUCGCAGUGCCCAUUUGUUCAUGUGGAAGAAGCUACCCUGCACCGGCACUUGGAGAAAGUUCACCCAGAGGAGCACAGCAGGAUUCUAAGCUCAAGAGGAAUCAGAGCAGAGGACACACUGCUUCUCAGCAGCAGAACAUAUCAGCACCCUGCAGCCCCUCAGACAACCCCCACUCCAAAACCAUCCCACACAGUCACGACAGGGGCUCACAUAUGCUCCCACUGUGGGAAAAGUUUUGGGUGUGCAUCAAAACUGAUAACACACCAGCGAAUUCACACAGGGGAGCGCCCCUUCCAGUGCUUCCAGUGUGGAAAGCGUUUUGGUCAGACAAGUCAUUUAAGAAACCAUCAACAAACUCAUUUGGAAGAGCGUCCAUACCACUGUGCACAGUGUGGGAAGAGUUUUGUAUCUACAUCAAAACUGACAAGACAUGAGCGAUUUCAUACAGGGAAACGUCCACACAAAUGCUCACAAUGUGGGAAGAGCUUUAUGUACCAAUCAGAACUGACAAAACACCAGCGAAUACAUACAGGGGAGUGUCCAUACCCCUGCUCUCAGUGUGGGAAGAGUUUCACUUCUGCGUCAGAUCUGAAAAAACAUGAGCGAAUUCAUACAGGGGAGCGCCCCUACCCCUGCUCCCAGUGUGGGAAGAGUUUCAGAUGUGCAUCAGAUUUAAAAAAACAUGAGAGAAUUCAUACAGGGGAGCGGCCAUACACUUGCUCCUACUGUGGGAAGAGCUUCACAUCAGGAUCAGUUUUAAAAACUCAUAAGCGUAUUCAUACGGGUGAACGCCCAUACCCCUGCUCCCAGUGUGGAAAUAGCUUCAUAUCUGCCUCAGUUUUGAAAAAACAUCAGCGUGCACAUGCAGGUGAACGCCCAUACCACUGCCCGUUUUGUGGGAAAACAUUCAUAAACUUGUCUCAGCUGACAACACACCAGAGAGCUCAUGCAGGGGAGCGCCCAUUCCCAUGCUCUCGGUGUGAGAAGAGUUAUAUGUUUGCAUCACUCCUAGCAAUACAUGAACGUAUUCACACAGGGGAGCGCCCAUUCUCAUGCUCCCAGUGUGGGAAGAGUUUCCGAUGUGCAUCCAAUCUGACGAAACACCAACGAACACAUACAGGGGAGCGCCCAUUCGGUUGCCCAGUGUGUCGAAAGAGUUUCAUUUAUCAAUCAGACCUGACAAAACACCUGCCAACACACACAGGGAAACACCCCUACUACUGCUCUGAGUGUGGCAAGAGUUUUGUAUAUCAGUCAGCCCUGACAAUACACCAGCAAACACAUGCAGGGCAGUCCCCAUACUAGGUCACACGGCUUCUGGCAUGCUCCAGGUAUGACUUAAUGUUGGCCUUUCUCAGAAAGAGGUCAACUAUGAAGUGCUGAAGAUAGAUUUUUGAUCUCUGGACAGGUUUCAGCUGUAGCUGGCCUUUUGGUCACUUCUCAAUUGCCCUCCUCAUCUGGUUGCCCAGUUUGGCAGGUCAGCCUGAUCCUGGAUGCACCAUAUUUUUUCCAUUUUGUUCAAAUGGACUUGAUGGUGCUCCGAGGAAGAUCCAAAGCUUUGAAACCCUUUUUAUAACUUUCUCCAGCUUUUUGCCUCUAUACAACUCAAUUUCCGCUUGUCAAGAUCCAUAGGCAAUUUGUUGGUCUUCAGGGCAGUAGUGAGACCUCACAAAAUAUGAUGUAUUUACUUGGUAGUUGAGCAAGUGAACACAGGUGGAUUUGAAUUCAACAUAGGGGAAUCUUUAAUAUAUUUAUAUUGGUCUUAAGAAAGUUGAAUGCACAAUUUUGCUCAAUAAUAUAAUGGGGAAGAAUACUUAAACCUUUCAGACCCUGUGCACAUUAUUAUGUACACCACUUGUUCACCCCUUUUUUCAAAUGCUUUGUGACAUUUUAUUCCAGGUUUUAUGACUUAUUCUUGAGGUCACCAAGUCUAAAAAAAACAUGAAAUGGCACCAACAUACCAACAAAGUACUUGGAAAUCUGUUAGCCUCUGCAAGGAAGAGUCUUGGUCGUAGGUAGAUUGUCCAGCAGGACAAUGACUCCAAGCAUACAUCCAAAUCCACACAGAAAUGGUUUAGCAAAAACAACAGCCAUGUACUGCAAUGGCCAUCUCAGUCUCCAGACUUAAAUCCCUUGAAAUAACAUGUAGUCUGAACUGAAGAGGGGGUAUCCCAAAGAUUUCAAUGAUUCUGAAAAGUUCUGCAUGAAGGAUUGGUAUGGUCAAAAAUCCCUCCAAAUGUGUUCUCUAACCUUAUCACAAAUUAUAGGAAAAGACUCAUCUCUGUCAUCUUUGCCAGGGGUGUUUACACAAAGUAUAAACACAUCUUUGCCAGGGCUUCCCCUUUUUGGGGAAAUAUAUUUUUAAUUAAAAAAAUGUAAGACUUUGGUUGAUUCUAUUGAAUCAUUAUUAAAGCUCACUACGCAUGUUGGAGAAAAAAAGCUUAUGUCAAAAGCUAUUAUUUUUUCGUUAUUUAGGUUAUAUUUUAGUGCAUUUUUAUCACAAGAAGUGCUGUACACUAUAUUUAUAUAUAUUACCACUGUAUCUACCAGAGAUGUUCACAAGUCAUCAAAUGCAAGUCCGAGUCAAGUCUCAAGUCUCUGAGCUAGAGUCCAAAUCAAGUCUCAAGUCUCUGAGCUAGAGUCCGAGUCAAGUCUGCAGAAUGGUGCAGCCUAAACAACAGUAUGGCUAUAGAAAUUCAUCACGAUUCCUAUGCUAAUUGAAGAUAUAGAAACCAGUGUAAAAGACAUAUUUUGUAUAUUACAUCAAGUGUGUGUCAAUUGAAGAAGCGGUAGUAUCAGGGGCACACAAAAAGAUAGUGGUUAUUUAAUUUAUUUAUUCAUAUAUCAAUGAACUACCACGCCUGAGCCAACGUUUUGGCAAAGCCUUUCUCAAGAUGGCUGGAGAAAGGCUUGCCGAAACCUCAGGUCUGGUGUGGUAGGUAAUUUAAGAUGAUGGUCAAUAACAGAAUAGGGGCUGGUUACAUGAACACAGAUUAAGCUUAAUCCUGAACUAAAUGCAGUUUUGUAUGGAUAAUCUCCAAUUAAAUUUAGUCUAGGACUAGGCUUAAUCUGUAUGUGCAACUCAAGAAUAAUCAUUUGUAAAUGAAUGUGAAAGUGUUGAAAUUUGAAUCACGUUGCAGGAUUGGUUUAUUAAUAUACUCUUUUGGGAUUUUUGGGACUACAUCUACAUUAUGCUGUAGGAAAACCUCAAAUCCGGAAUGCCAUUGCACUGUUGCGUAGUAAAAUUAUAAAUAAUUUCAAAGGCACAUUCAACUACAGUACAUGCCAAACUUGGGUUCUACUAGCUUUUAAUGUUAAAGUCAAUUGCAAACAAGCUCUCUCAAAAAUACAGUUAAUGACACUGAAAUACCAAACAAUGUCCACGCAACUAGUACAUAACGUCACCUAACAAGACAUUAAAAAUCACUCGCUGUCCUGCUUGCAUAUCGAUCUUAAAGACCAUACUCAAAGGUCUUUAAAAUAGUGCAACCCUUGAUCAGGCUCCACAUCAAAAUCCCAUUACAUGGGGCAGCUGCUUGUGUGAACGGUGACAAUGAAAAUGUCACCGUUUUUCAAACCAACCUGAAGAAGUUUGUUUUAACAUUGCUGUACUUUACGCUCAUGGUUCUCUAGCUUGCAUAGCUGUUCAAGAUCAACCAUUUGAAAUGCAAGCCAAGCCAAAAAUAAGAAAAUAUGCACUUCUGUUACGCUGAUUAAACAGUGACACAAAUAUACUGAAUCUGAAACGCGUCAUUCGACCAACACAACAGUUUUGCCAAGUUACGUUAAUGCAAGAGUGAACAGUGGUGGGAUCAGCCCCGGUGCUGGUGAACUGACUUACAUUUCCGUAUGAGUUUUCAAAUGUCUGUUGAAAUUGGCGUGGUUGCUCUCACAUCUUUUAUUUUAAUUCUCCACAUUUUGCUAGUUGCAAUCAUUUUGUUUGGCUCGAUGAGCCUGAAUUAUUUAAACUCAAAGGCAGAACAACAUGCGGAACUGUAAUCUUAGCGAGCUAUGCAAGAAAUACAGCAUAGUUGCAACUAAAAGGUGCACAGUAUGGCGCGUAAAACCACGUUGGGUAUGUUUUAACUAAGGAAUAUGUUUCAUAUAAAUAAUUUUAAAAGAAUCAUUGGCUGUGACAUUAUUCACUAUGCCAUUUGGCAGACUCUUAUUGUUCACGAGUCCUUAUUGAUGAGUCCAAAUCAAGUCUCAAGUCAUUUUUUGACGAGUCCGAGGCGAGUCUGGAGUGUAUGUGCGACUCGAGUCCCAAUUUCUGGUAUCUACCUACAGUCUGCUCCUGACUUAUUGGCACCCUUGAUAGAAAUGAACAAAAAAAGCUGCAUAUAAUAAAAACAAAACACAGAUAAAUAUACCCGCAAGCGGUAAUUACCAUUACCUAAAGCAUUCAAAAGUUAUAUCUGUUUCAGUAAAAAUGGCAAUAAUUGAUAACAAUUCUUAAUUGAUUCUUAAUUUACAAUGUGUGUUAACAUAAAGACAAUCACAUGAUUACAAAUAACAUUUUAGUGUUAAUUAUUAUUACUAUUAGACCACUUUCUGAAUGAAGUACUUACUAGGAAUCUUUCUCUGUCUCUCUCCCAGCAGACAGACAACCUUUGUCCUUAAUGUCUCUGCUUCUCCUGGAAGGGGGUAGCUAGCACGUUCCGGUCUUACAGCAAGGUCAACAAGGGGUAUUCAGAAGACAAAAUACUGAUAAAUGUUAGUGGCCAGCUUCAUGUCUUUUUGUUUUGGUAAAGCCCCCCUCUUCUGGAGAUAUAUAAGAGUCUUACUAUGUCUGAUUCAAAUCAGAAAGCCGGUAAGCUUUCUCACUUUCUGUUAUUUCUUUGCAAAUAAAUACGAAAGUUAAACUCAA